AUGGAUCCACCACCCGACGAACCGGUUUCGAAGCUCAACUUCAACCUCGACAAGCUCAAGGCCCGUCUAUCUCGCAAACCGUCUUCUGCCUCGUUGUCACCCUCGCAAUCCUUCAACAUGGCGCGUCGUACGCUAGCCGAGUCCUACGACUUCUGUGACGAUGGCACCGAGGACCUGGAUGCGGGGGAUGUGAAGUACGAGAACCAGUUGUGUAUGCCCCGUCCUGGAUCCUCUAUGAACAUCGUCGGUACUCCGACCGGAUUGCGUACGCCUUCGCAGCAGCAGCAGCCGGAUAUCUGGGAGAAAGCAUCCAUGUCCCAGGCCAAUUCAAAACAUGACAUUCUGUCCAGUUCUCACCACAGUCUGGACGGUAUCCAUCGCAGUGUGCUCAUCACGGACAAAGAAGACAUCCAUCGCUUCCUCCGUGAACUGCCUCUGCCCAGCAACUCCCGGUCCGCUGCCCGUCGCAAUCAGGACCUCGACACCAGUUCCCAACGUACCGCCAAGCCUCUGGGCCGCAGCGUGGGCGGCAUCAAAGACGAAGUCGACAAGUCCACGGCCUCGUACCAACCCGCCACCUCGAAGCCCGGCAGUGGUGGUGGUGGUGAGCUCCUAGGCCGUCUGCGCCGCCACCCGAACGACCAAGCCUCACUGUCCCCGUCAGUCCUGACCUCGUCUCUGACAGACAUCUCUUCUCCCCGUCUACCUUCCCGCGCCUCAUCGCGCGCAUCGUUCGACUACGUGGGCAAGUGGCUCGACAGACUGGACAAGCGCACUAAGUCCAGGACGACGUCUCCGGUACCGUCGACGCCUACUCCCCCUCCCAUGUCACCCGCACUCACAGCCAGAAGCAUUAGCAACGUCGACGUACCCAAAGAGCUACGCCUGAGCUUGGGAACUCAUGCCGGCCCCGAGGAAGCACUCUCAGGUGAGAAGGAGAAAGGUGGUGAAGUUGGAUCCCCGGAGCAGGAUGCCAAAUCGGAGUCUUCAUUGGAUGUGUUGCUGCGCGCGGAGGCGAAGCGGCUGGGGGCGAAUGCGCUUACGGAGAGGAAUGUGGCUAGGUUGGAGCCGAGUUGGAUGGGUGGGAGUGUGUUGUCGUGCGUGCCGAGGAAUGAUUGGGAUAGCGUCGAACCUACGGUGGAUGAGGAGGUGGAGAUGGAUGAGGCGAAGGGGGAUGGGCUGAAGAUGGAUGGUUCGAAGAUGGAUGAAGCUCCGGAGAUGGGAGAAAAGCCGAAGGUGGAUGAACAGAAGCUGGAUGCACCGAAGGUGGAUGAACCGAAGAUGAAGAGCAAUGAGCCAAAGACGGAUGAGGAACCGACCCUUAGUGAUAAACAGAAGGCUCAUGAGAACGACAACAACGAACCAAAUCCGGACGGAAAGGGCAACUCACAGCUUCCCGCCCAGGUACCCAAACCCACCCCGAUCCAAACCCUAACCCUCAUGCACCCGACCACCGUCCUCGAUCAACCUCCCCUCUCAAGUAUCCGCGCCCGCCCAACCUGGAACCUCACCGGCAUCGCUCUCAUCGUCGUCCACGGAGCCCUCCUCACGGCCGCAGUUACCUACGUGUUCCGCAACUUCGGCGACGAUGUCGUGUAUGAGGUUGCGGACGGUUCGGUCACGUUGCAGGCGCCCGGUCUGGUGGUGGGUAUGUGUGGGGUGCUUGUUUGCUUGCAUGUGGGUUGGAUGGGGGUGAUGGGGGGGUUUGAGGAUGGUUGGGUGGAGUAG